UGCGUAGUUGGUCAAUUCAAAAGCAGAGGACCAUAGCACUUGUGCUUUAUCGGAGAUUUACAGCCAUGGUGUCCUCUCUGCACAUGUCUUUUCAAUGGAUCCACACCGUCCAUUUAAUCUUAAACAGCCAACAAGCUGCCGGGAGUGUCUCCCCCAAGUGCUUCCUCCAUCUAUAAAUACGAGCAGAUAUUUCCUUCUCUUCCACCCUCGAUCAGAUACACAUAGCACGCUCACAGUCACACCUUCACAAGCCAUCUCAAAAACAAAUAAGAAAGAAGAAGAAGAAGAUCGUUGGAGAGAUAUGGGUAAGAAGUCAUCUUCUUCCUUCUCAAUAUGCGGCUUAUUCAAGGCAUGUUUCUCCGGUGGGAGCGGCACGUCAGAUGAUCAUUAUUCUUACGACGAAGGUGUUAGAACAUAUACUAGUGAUGGAGACGGUGGACGUUGGGUUGCUGAGCCUGGUAUUGACGGCUUGGCCACAGUCUUCAUUGACAAAUUCCAUGCAACUCGUGUCGCGGACUCUUACGGCGCCGUCACUGCCACUUGACAGCUCGAAUAUCUCUCCGGCCCUGUCCUUCCAGCCUGGUCAUUCUUCGCAGCUUAUAUACAUAUAUAUAUAUGAGCUUUAAUUUUUCCUUUAUAUUCUCUUGUAAUUUAUUUAAGUAUGCACCUACUCUCUGAGCUAUAAAUAAUGAUCUCAGUACUUCAUGUCUA